AUGUUUGAUGGAGACAGAAGUCUUUCACAAUUCCUCGUCACGAUCCUCACAGUACCUCAAUUUGCCAACCACCCUGCAGUUGUUGACCUUCUGGCCAACAUAGGUAACAUUAUCUGCACCUUAUCGCGACACCAGAAUCUAUAUAACCCUUUAAUUGGGUGGGCCAAGGAUGCCAUUAGCGCAGAAUGUGCAAGGGAGGUUCAAGAGCUCACAAAAGUGGAGAACGGGUUGCAUUUUAGCGCUGUGCAUGCGAAAGCUGAGCAAAUAGAGGGCUUCCAAAUUGAUGAUAUGGCUCUACAGAUCGCGGGAGAGGCACCAGUGCUAUGGGCCCUGCUUGAUUCCCUCUUGUCCGCGAGAGCUCUUCAAGUCUCGAAAAUCGAAAGCAAAGGGCACACGGAGAUCGGAAUUUUGGUAUCAGAUGCGCAAGAAGCUGAGGACUCAGAAUACUGGGCUCAAGUAGAUGACCUAGAAGGUGUUAUAGAAGGCAUCACUGGUGAUUGUAUAUCGAGAGCUGAACGCCUCACAUCUCAACGUAGUGCGACAAUGAUGCUGCAGAAAGUAGUAAUUGUUUCACUUCUAAAGAAAAGCACAAAUCAGAAAGCCAACUCGCUGUCAAGCAUACUCGGAAUAUUUUUGCAUUCAACACAUGCACCGGAGAAAGUCAUCGAAACGAUGGUGAAGAUGGGUCUCUCGAUAUCCGUCGAUGCAAUUCACGAUACAGUCUGUUCACUAUCUGCAGAAUCAAGUCAUGCGCUGCAAUAUCUUGGACAAACACUUCUAGCGGUGUAUGCAUACAAUAAUUUUGAUGCAAAUAAUAUCACGAUCUCGGAGCAGAAAAGCUUCAGCAACUCUGAGCUGCCAAAGGCAAGCCCUGCGUCCAAAUACCUCCUCUGUCCGCGCACGAAUCAAAGCAAGAGAAGGCGCCAUGGAUCAAUUAUCGACGUCACCGAGUCUGGAAUAUGGCCAUUGAGCUCAGUCCUUCGUGGUUAUAUCGGGUACGAACUGAAGCAUGCAGCGCUUCGUGGAGCACAGCGCCAUGAUGAUGCAUUCGAGGCCUUCACAAUCAUGCUCUCCAAGCACCCGACCCACAGAUACGACUACAAGAUGCUAUUCGACGAGCCAUUCACGCCCAACUGGGAAAACGCUCCACUUCGCCUAAUUAACACCUCUACUGGACGUUUGUGCAAUCGAGAUGCGCAGAUAAACGCAUUCACGGAGAGUACAGAGUACAAAGAGCUUUUGUAUUCAUUGAUGAUGCAUAGGCCCCUCCAAACGGAGCUCAUCAAAGAAGCGGUGGGAAGCAAGGAGCCGCUACUGCAUGACAUUCAGGGCAGGGACAUCUACGACUUGGAUCGGGUCGAAAUCAUUGUGAAGUUGCAGAAGUUCUGCAAAGUCGCUCGCGACGCGGGGUAUCGCUGGGCGUGGAGCGAUACAUGCUGCAUCGACCAGUAUAACAACGUCGAGCUACAAGAAUCAGUCAACUCCAUGUUCGUCUGGUAUCACUACUCAGCGCUCACCAUCGUCUAUCUAUUGGAUGUUCCUCCUUCGUCAGAAUCUGGUGCGCUCGCAAACAGCAUUUGGAACACGCGAGGAUGGACCGUUCAGGAGUUCCUCGCUCCUAAAAUUGUUCUCUUCUACCAAGCAGAUUGGACCCUAUAUCUCGACCACUGCUCACGCAACCACAAGCAAUCUGCUGCUAUCACGCAGGAGUUGGAGCGUUCAACUGGCAUAAAUGCACGGGCGCUCGUCGCCUUCCGCCCGUGGAUGAGAAAUGCCCGAGAGAAACUUCAAUGGGCAUCAAACGCGUGUUACUACGUUACAGGAAGACAUCGCGUAUUCACUGUUUGGGAUCUUUGGGAUUUACCUUCCUGUAAUCUACGGAGAAAAAAGACAGAACGCGCUCGGACGUCUCUUACAGGAGAUCAUAGCUCAUUCGGGCGACCAUCACGGCCCUGGACUGGGUGGGACAAUAGUCCAACUUCAACAGUUGUCUCCCAGCCGAGAUUUCCUCAUACAAGGCUCUGCCAUGCACGCUACCAUCUCUAUCUGAACAAGACAUGCAGAUAUCGGUCUUCACGCUGCGAAACAAUAUUGUGGCUGUGGAGUCGGCUUCGAAACUGUAUACCACUCUUGAGAACCUUGGCGUUCCUCGUUUUGCAAACGCCAGACUGCAACUGCCCUGCAUCGCAUUUCCUCUCACGAAAGUCAGGCGGAAGUACUGGUGGAGACGGGGACAAAUUUUUCACAUAUGAAGUCAUGGCAGACGGACUACAAGACCUACUAGUCACAACGGAAGACAAACCUGUUCAAUUCUCGCCUGCAAAGCGUACUCGGCAGACAUUCCUGCUCAUCCGCCCGUGGAAUCGGUAUGAUCUCGACUUUACAGACGAGUCGCAGAACGUGGACAAUUGGCCUGAUGAACCUGGAGAUGAUGAGCUGGUCACCAGAGGGUUGAGGUUGCUCGUUCGCCUUGCUCGUCCUUUUGGCGCACUUUUGCUAGCGCAGCAGCGUGGUGGGGAGUAUAAGAGAAUCGCUUCGGAUAAUGAGAUCAUCGCGCAAGUUAGGGACAUGGCUUCUGUUGUUGAUACGAUGGACGUCAGGACACCGGAGAUAUUGUAGCUGCGAAGAACGGGACAAUCUUCAUCCCCCGUCAUCGUCAGGAAAUGUGAUGUUCCCCAGUGAGACGUGUUUCGACCGGCUUCGGAGAUCUGAGUCGCCUUGUCGGGUGGACAGUUCGGUAAACAUGCUUGAUAUCUACAUCACUCGAUUCCCUGGUUUACGCAUUGUUGUAUUCAGUGGAUGAUCUCCCCGAAACAAAAAGGGUAAGAUUGCAAGGGAGAAGCGAAGGACUUUUUCUGGUUUUUGAAGGUGGUAUCGAAAAAGUGCUUCUGGAAUCUGGUACCAUAGUAGUAUGUACCCUCCCUCUUUUUUUG